CACACCUUGGCGCUCUCUCUCCAAAGAGGAAGUUCCCCCGCCUCCAACCUCUGCGCUGAACUGGAAGUGCGCCUUCCUCAGCUCCCGAAGCCCCGCUUCCGGUCCUGCGCAGUGCGCUCCCCGCCGUCUCCUGGGUCCCCAAAGGCUUCUUUACGGGGAGGAAGAAGUGACUCGUGAAUGAUUUUUUUUCCUCCUAGAUAAUUUUGGAGCCCUAAACCGGCCACCAUGGACUUUCAGCACCGCCCGGGAGGUAAAACCGGCAGUGGAGGGGUUGCCUCUGCCUCAGAGAGCAACCGGGACCGCCGGGAGAGGCUGAGGCAGUUGGCCUUGGAAACAAUAGAUAUCAACAAGGAUCCGUAUUUUAUGAAAAACCAUUUGGGGUCUUAUGAAUGCAAGCUUUGCCUGACACUCCAUAACAAUGAGGGAAGCUACUUAGCUCACACUCAGGGCAAGAAACAUCAGACUAAUUUAGCUCGCCGAGCGGCGAAAGAGGCGAAGGAAGCCCCAGCCCAGCCAGCCCCUGAAAAAGUGAAAGUCGAAGUUAAAAAGUUUGUGAAGAUCGGCCGGCCGGGUUACAAAGUGACCAAGCAGAGGGAUCCAGAGUCAGGGCAGCAGAGUCUCCUCUUCCAGAUCGAUUACCCGGAGAUUGCCGAGAGCAUUAUGCCAAGGCACCGGUUUAUGUCGGCUUACGAGCAGCGGAUCGAACCGCCCGAUCGGCGCUGGCAGUACCUCCUGAUGGCGGCCGAACCGUACGAGACCAUUGCUUUCAAGGUGCCCAGCAGGGAGAUCGACAAAGCCGAGGGAAAAUUCUGGACCCACUGGAACCGAGAAACAAAGCAGGUAAAUGCCGGGGAAAUGACGGAGCAGCUGCUUCUGGUGUCACCAAACAGCGGGGGGCUGUAUUUUAAAAUAGAGUUUAAUUUAUUGUUGCAACUGCUGGGGGCUUUUCCCUUUGAGCAGCUGGCUGGGAUCACUCAGGGACGCAAACUUGGAGUCCCCCCUCCAGCCCCGCUGCCUCCGAUGUUGAGACCCCCGCUCCCCACGGAAGGACCCGGAAGCAUCCCUCCGCCACCCCCCACCAACUGAGAUGUUUCCUCCUUUCCUUCUGGGGGCUCCCUGUUGCGUUUGGGGUGCCGCUGGUUGAAAACACCUUCUGUGUUGUCGUGUUUUUUUUAAAAGAAAUACACCCGUGACUUUUGGCUGAGAAUCCUAUAGCUUCAUUAAAGAGAGAGAGGUAAAGAAAAAUAACCUUUUUAA